ACAAAUCAACCAGAGCCGGUAGGAUUCCGGCUCCCGUGGCUGCAGCGUACUGCACGAGUGCCCGCGGGUCUCUGGCUUCCGCGUCCGCCUCGCCUCGGCCCCCGCCCGGGUUUCGGCUUCAGCGCCGCGUCUGGUUUCGCCGCGACCCACAAAGCAGCCAGCGACGCCAGGAGAGCUCCGGGUGCCCGGGCAGGGGGCCAUGCCUUGCUGGAGGGAAGAGGAAGAGGAAGCCGGCGAGGAAGCGGAGGGGGAGGAAGAGGAGGAAGAGGACAGCUUUCUCCUGCUGGAGCAGUCGGUGACGCUGGGCGGCUCCGGCGAGGUGGACCGGCUGGUGGCCCAGAUCGGCGCCACGCUGCAGCUGGACGCGACGCAGGACAGUCCGGCCUCCCCGUGCGCGCCCCCCGGGCCGCCACUGCAGCCCCCGCAGCCUCCGGCGGCGGUGCGGGCUGACAAGGUGGGGCCUCCCGGGCUGCCGCUGCUUCUGCCGACAGUGCCUGCCGGGGCGGUGGGCCCGGCGCCCCUAGGGGCCCUGCGCUGCGUCCUCGGGGACCGCGGCCGCGUGCGGGGUCGGUCUGCGCCCUACUUUGUGGCGGAGCUCGCCGCAGGCCCCAGCGCCCUGUCCCCACUGCUUCCUCAGCCCAGCUUAGAUGGGCCUUCGGGAGCCGACAAGAGGAGCGCCCCGCAGCCGCUGUCGGGUCCGUGCCGGCGAGGAUGGCUGCGGGGCGCCGCCGCCUCCCGUCGCCUGCAGCAGCGACGCGGGCCCCAGCCGGAAGUCCGCACGGGCGACGACGACCCACACCGGCUCCUGCAGCAGCUCGUGCUCUCCGGGAACCUCAUCAAAGAGGCUGUGCGGAGGCUUCAUUCGCGACGGCUGCAGUUACACGCAAAGCUUCCCCAGCGCCCGCUCCUGGGGCCUUUGACGGCCCCGGUGCACAAGCCCCCUUCGCCCCGCAGCCCUCGUGCGGCCUGCAGCAACUCUGGCGCGACAGGGAGGAGGGCGCAGCUCCGAACUGGCGACGGCGUUCUUGUGCCUGGCAGCUAAUACCCCGGGAGUGGCCACAGCGCCAGCCUCUGGAGGGGCAAGGGGUUCCCCUGAGAGGUGCAUCUCUAGUCAGACUGGUGAACUCGCGCUUUGGGAAGCGGGAAAAUAAGCUAAUGAAGAUGAUGAAUCGAAAAAUCGCGAGUGCUUUCGUGGGCAGCUGAUGCCAAGGGCUCUGAUGUUGAAAAACAGGAGUUGGCCCUAUUUAAGGCAGAUUGCACAGCUCACCCCGAGCUCACAAUCAAUAGGACACCUUAUUAGGCAUGGCCAGUCUUGGAGGCACAGCUUGCAAUUCCACGUAGCCUCUCCGGGCCCUCCAGCCCGGCAACCAUGUGGCCACAGUCCACGCUUCUCAGGAUCGUAGAGCGCCCGCAUAACGAAGAUGAUCUGUUACUUGCUUUAUUUUUGCAAGGCUGGUCCGUGAUCCACUUUUGGGGGAGGUGGACAUGAGUAGACGAUCAUUUCAGGGAGUACCUCAAUCUGCCAGACUUGAAAAUUUACGACAUAUAUAUAUAUAUA